CUAGAUCUAGCAGCCAGGGGUUGCCUUAGCGAUGGCACGAUGUCCAUGGUGUCGACGAAGCUGUUUGGGACUGAUCAACGUGUGACAGUGGUGGACCCAGCUCACAUUGGAGCCGUCCUAAACGGCGCACUCACAGUCAACACAAACGAGCUCGCAGAUAUUCUAGCCUUCCGGGCCACUGAGUUCAUUAUUUUUCCUACAAACUGCAAUGGAAAUCACUGGUGUAGCAUCAUGGUACGACAGAGAAACGAGACCGUACAGGUCUGCUACUACGAUCCCAUGCGCUCCAACUACACAAUGCACAUUCGAGCCGUAGCCCACAAGCUAGCGGGGCUCAUUCAAGCCGGUCGUAGAGGUGUGAAAAUUGACACCCUCGAGUACGAUACUGAUGUCGGAACUCAGUUGAAUAACUACAACUGCGGGAUUUAUAUUCUCUUGGGAUUCGAACACUUCAUCGGGGCUCCCGCCUUAGGCGAACUGGACAAGAAGAAGCUCCAGUGUCUACGAUGCAGGUACUUGAAUAUGUGCUACCAGUGA